AUGCCGCUAGGCGCUGAGGAAAGCCCAGGACUGCCCUCACCAGGCGGAGAAUCCUCCAGCUGCGCCCUGCGGAGAGGAGGGGAGAGGCGGGGCGGCAGUGGGGCGCUUGGUGGGCCGGCCGGUGACGGCGUCUCUCCCCACAUUUCCUCCCUUCCCGUGCAGGUCUCCCCAUUGCCGCAGCCCAGCCAGCGCCACAAGCAGCCCUCCACGGCUGGUCCCUGUGCGAUGGAGGACUUUGGAUACUACAACGGGUCGCUGGCUGUGACGGUCUCUGGGUCGGAGUGCUUAAGCUGGUCAGACUUCCCUGAAUACAUGCAGCAGUAUCCAAACCGGGGGCUCGGGAAUCACAAUUUCUGCAGGAAUCCAGAUGGCGGGGGGACGCCCUGGUGCUUUUACCUGCUCUCCUCUGGAGCGAUUGGCUGGGCCACCUGCGACUGCAGCCAGGGGGCUGUGCGGCUGGUGGAGGGUGGCCGGGUGGAAGUGCGCCUCGGCGGACUGUGGGGCGCUGUCUGUGGGGAUCGCUGGACAGACGCAGACGCCAGCGUGGUCUGCAGGCAGCUGGGGCUCAGUGAAAUUGGUGCAGCCGGGAAGGAGUGCUGCACUGGGCUGGGACCAGCACAUGUCCACCUGCAGUCCGCAAACUGCCACGGGGAUGAGAAGAUGCUGCUGCAGUGCCGUUACCUCGAGGGGCCCAGCCCCUGCGCCCACGGAGCCGCGGUGGCAACAUGUGGCCCACCUGAAGGUGUGGGGUCUCCACUUCGUCUGGUGGGGGGUGAGCAGAGCUUUGAGGGUCGAGUGGAAGUCUACCAUGAUGGCCGCUGGGGCACCAUCUGCGACGACCAGUGGGACGACCGAGACGCCGAGGUGGUUUGCAGACAGCUGGGCCUCAGCGGCACGGCAAAGGCUGCCUCGUGGGCGCACUUUGGGCAGGGCGCAGGCCCAGUCCUCCUGGACGAAGUGCAGUGCUCGGGCAACGAGCUCUCGCUGGACCAGUGUGAGAAGAAUGGCUGGGGGGAGCACAACUGUGACCACACUGAGGAUGCGGGGGUCACCUGCGGCCCCUCUGCAGAAGGUGCCAUCCGGCUGGCAGGAGGCCGGAGCCCGAACGAAGGCAGGGUGGAGGUGUACCAUAAUGGCGUCUGGGGGCGUGUGUGUGAUGAUGGCUGGACAGGGAUCAACACCCAGGUGGCUUGCAGACAGCUGGGUUUCAGGGGUCCUGCUGGGCUGGCGGCGGAGGGGCAGUUUGCAUCCGGCCCGGCCCUCAUCCUGCUGGACGACGUGGCCUGCACUGGCACGGAGGCGUCGCUGCUCGACUGUCCCCACAGUGACUGGGGCCAGCACGACUGCUCGCACGAGGAGGAUGUGGGGCUCCGCUGCUCCGCCCCAGAGAGCAACGUGAUUGCUGGGGAAGCGGCAGGGAUCCCUGUGCGGCUGGUGGACGGGAAGAGUGCCCAAGAGGGGCGUGCUGAGGUUUUUCUGAGUGGGCAGUGGGGCAGCAUCUGCGGUGAUGGCUGGACAGAUGGCGAUGCGGCCGUGGUCUGCAGGCAGCUGGGUUACAGUGGUGCUGCGAAGGCCAGGACCACGGCUCGCUGGGGCAAAGGACACACGCCCGCUCACCUGGCCAAGGUGGAGUGCCGUGGCACUGAAGGCACUUUGCGGGAGUGCGCUGUCCGGGAAAGCCGUGCACACAGCUGCUGGCGUGGCAAAGAAGCCGGAGUGAUCUGUGACUUUGUGGAGGAGGAGAUCCAGGCAAUCGGAAAUCCAGAUGCAGCGCUCAGCAUGUGCGGGCUGCAGUUGCUUCACUACCGCAAGAAAAGGAUAAUCGGAGGAAACAAAUCGCAAAGGGGUGGGUGGCCGUGGCAGCUCUCGCUGCGCCUGAGGGGCUUCCACAGAGAGGCCCGCCUGCUGUGUGGAGCCACGCUGAUCGGCAGCUGCUGGGCGCUGACGGCCGCACACUGCUUCAAACGGUUUGGCGUGGACGUGCGGCGCUACCUCCUGCGCGUGGGAGACCACCACACGGGCGCGAGGGACGAGUUCGAGCGGGAGCUGCCCCUGGAGAAGAUCAUCCUCCACAGGAACUAUCAGUCCAGCGGCAACGACAACGACAUCGCCCUGAUCAGAAUGCAGGGCAGAGACGGCGACUGCCUCUCCUUCAGCCGGCACGUCCUUCCCGUCUGCCUGCCCGGGAGGAAAGAGAGGGCGGCCGUGAACAGAGGGGCCUGCUUCAUAUCUGGCUGGGGGGACACAGGAAGGUCGUAUUCAAGGAUACUGCUGCAGGGUUCCGUUCCCCUGCUUCCACGUCAGGUGUGCAAGUCCCGUUACGGAAGGAAAUUCACGAGUCGCAUGCUCUGUGCUGGAAACCUUUCGGAAGAGAACCGGGUGGACAGCUGCCAGGGAGACAGCGGGGGUCCACUGAUGUGUCAGAGGUCAAGUGGGCACUGGGUAAUUCUAGGGAUCACUUCCUGGGGCUAUGGGUGUGGACGGAAAGAUUCCCCCGGAGUUUACACAAAAGUCAGCAAGUUUGUGCCCUGGAUCAAGAAGGUGGCCAGACCGAUAGGAGAGGGUCCAGCCCAGAGGUGAGCUCCUGUUGCCUCGCCCGGCAGCGCUGGGCACCCUGAGGUCCGCCUUCAGCCGUCCCUUUGUGAGCAUCCACUGCCUACAUUCGUACCCGAGGAAGAGUUGCUUGUAAAUAAGCAGACUUGGGCCUCCUGGUGGGAAUGGGCCAGUGAGGAAACCCCCGUGCUUGGUGU